AUGUCCGGUAGGGUGUUUGACCGGAUGUCGGGAUGUUGGCAGAAAGCCGUGACGUUAGACAACGAGAAGGAACAUGAAAAGGCACUAAGUUACUAUCGGCGGGCUGCGGACUAUAUCCAGCAAUUGCGAAUCUCGCAAAAGAGCAUCCGAAUUCUCGAAAUGCUUGAUCAACGAGCGGACCUUGUGCACGAACGCAUCCGUGUGCUGACUCAAGUGGUCAGUAGAAAGCGACAGGUUGGUGGGUCGCCCGGCCCCGUCUUGUCCACUCAGCCGACAACACCAAUUGCGCCUGACAGUUUCGGCGCCGCACUGGGAGGGUCCCACAGGAACGGGUGGAGGGGGAAUGUGAACGGACUUGGUGGUACGGGAACUGGUGGGGGUUGUUCGCCGUCAGGUGGAAGCGGAGGCACCGAUACACGUAUUGAUGCGCGAAAGCAGAAUCUGUCGGCACUCUUCGACAAGUCAAAAACGGACGUCCGUCUGGAUGAUGUCGUCGGACUCGAUGAGGCUAAACAAGCCAUCCGCGAAAGCAUUGAAUUCCCCCUACGCUUUUCCAAACUUCGGCAACACUGGACUUGUGUCCUCCUUUACGGACCGCCCGGUACCGGCAAGACACUACUCGCACAGGCCGUAGCAAAUGAAUUUCAAGCCAAGUUCCUCGCUGUCUCCUCUGCUGACCUCAUGUCGCAGUGGCAAGGCGAAAGCGAGAAGUACGUCAAGGCUCUCUUCGAACUUGCACAGGAUAACGCACCCUGCAUCAUCUUCAUCGAUGAAAUCGACAGCGUCUGCAGCACGCGAGCGGAUCGAGAACCCGACAGCAUUCGACGAGUGAAGACUCAGUUCCUAAUUCAGAUGAACCAGCUCGAGAAGAGCGACAAACUCGUACUUGUAUUAGGUGCUACGAACAUUCCUUGGGACUUGGACAGUGCGUGUCUGCGGCGGUUUCAGAAACGUGUGUACGUGGGAUUGCCGGACUUGGAUGCAAGGCGUGAUCUGUUUAUGGCUGGGUUGAAGCAGGAGCGACAUUUGUUGGGCAGUGGCGAUUUUGAGGAACUGGCUCGUCGUUCGGAGGGAUUGAGCGCCUCGGAUAUCGCGAUUGUAUGCAGUGAUGCAACGACGGAGCCCUACCGGACGGCGUUCAACGCUAGACACUUCAAGAGUAUACUCGGCAGCGAUGGACGUCAGAAAUUCUACCCACUCGCGGAUCCCGCUAUCCGCUGCCGUUGGCCCGACUGCGACUGCAAAGACGGCACCCGUCUUGAAGAAACCGCCAUCCCACUUGCCUUCAACCACCUCGACGAAAAAGAUAUGGAACUACCUCCUGUCCAAUGGGCAGACGUGUUCAAGGCACUCAGCAAAGUCAAAAGAGCUGUCUCUGACGAUGACAUCGCCAAAUUCGAAAACUGGGAAAGAACUACUCUCUUUCUCAGCUAA